AUAACCACAGACUUUUAGUUUGUAAUAUUAACACGCAAUAAAAGAAGUAGAGCGUUUGCAUUUCUUGGAUGUACUCAUGGAAUCUGAAAAAGGAAAUGAUGGAAAAAUGUCACGUACUACCAUUGAUAGCUCCAUUCUUUUCAAUUCUGGAAAUACUCUCGAUGUAAAAAAUUCUAGAAACGGUGGAAAUUCAAAGGAAGUCAUUGUUGAAGGAGAGAACAGAAUUGAAGAUAAAGUACAAGGCGAAACAAUAUUACUUUCUGAAAAUAAUAAUUUCUCAUGUUCCAACUCUGAAAUUGUUUAUGAUGAAUAUGAAGAAGACGAAGAUUAUGUACGUUGGCAAUUACCGAAGAGAAAAACGUUACCAACCAUCUCAACCCUACUAUAUGAAUGGAGUAAAAUACAGGUAAUUCUGCUCUCGCAGCACCGUAUACAUUUUAAAAAACGUAUAAAUAUAUUAUCUUCUUUAUUUUUGUAUUAUUUUUUUGCACUAAAUAAUGUAUCUACAAUUUUGAAUAUACUACUGUGUAUUGUAUAUGUUUUUUAGUGUUUAAUUUAUUAUCCAUAUUACACACACAUACACACACACACACACACACACACACACAC